AUGCCGCAAUUUGGUGUACUUAUGUGGUUUUAUGUCCCAUUGGCCUCGCAUUUUUUGCCUGAUGCCGAGCGAGAUCCGUCAUUGAAGGCAUUCACAACCUUCAUUAUUGGGACGUUUUCGGGUUUCAUGAUGCGCCUCAUCUGUAAUCCUGUCAAUCGCGUGCGAGAUGAGUAUCUCUGUACAGGUGAUUUCGUUUCUAACAACAUGCAGGAUCUUCAAAAGCAGGACGGUGCCUUAAGUUUUUUUUUUUUUUUUUUACACUACGUCCCCGCUGCUCUCCAAUGCCGUUUAUUUUGGGACGCUUAUGACCGUUUUUGA